AUGGCCGCCAUCUCAAACAGCACCUGCACCGGCAACGUCUACGUCCUCCCCAACGUCACAGACGCAGCCUGCGGCGCCCCAAUCUCCGGAAACAUCACUGACGCCUUCGACUCCUGCUGCAAGGGCAACUCCCCCGUCAAAUACGACAAUGACUGCGGCAUCUACUGCCUGGCCCAGGACCAGACCGUCGACGAGCUGACCAAGUGUCUCGAGAAGGAGAGCGGCACUUACUCUAUCUUCUGCAACAAGCGCGGCAAUGCAACCGCGACCGCUGCUGCGACGACCACCAAGGCCACUUCUACUGGUACUUCGACGGGUACCAGUGCGGCGAGCACUAGCUCCGGUGCGGCAGUCGUGAACCAGCCCGUUUCUAAGACUGGUCUUGGUGUUAUGGCGAUGCUGUUCUGCUCGGCGCUGAUGGGUGUUGUUGCUUGA